AAGAAGUGGGCUAGCCCAUACAAGGCGAUCAGCGAAGGGUACAGGCUUACAGCCAUAAACCGACACCCACUCUACAUUUUCCACUGUUCUUCUUGUCAAUCCUCUACUUCUUUCUGCUACAAACUUUCAUCAUUUUCCAAUGCCAUAGCCUCAUUCCUCAAUCAUUGGAACUACCCGUUUUCUUCCUCCACUCCAAAAUCCCAAACCAAACCCCUCAAAUUCAAAAUCCCAAAUUCAUCCAACAGCAACCUCAAAGUCAUGUCUUCACACGCUUUCACUACUAUGUCUGACCUGGACAACAUAGACUUAGACCCUGAGGAUUUCAAAUCAUGUCUACCCUUAAAAAAAGUCCCAUACGGCGACGUUUUCGAAGCGUCAAGAGCCGGGGACGUCGGCCGGCUAAAAUACCUGUUAGAGUCAGGUGUGAAUGUGAAUGCGAGAGACCAAUGGGAUUCAGUGGCACUAUAUUAUGCUUGUCUUGCUGGUCACCUUGAUGCUGCCCGAAUGUUAUUGGAAAGUGGUGCUAUUUGUUCCGAACAUACUUUUGAUGGUGACCGUUGCCAUUACGCUGCCCUUAAUCUUAAAGUUAGGAAAUUGCUUAAAGCCUUUGAAGCUCGUCCUCCGCCACUUGGACCUUUGCAAGCUGCUUUAAGAGAUACUUUUUUGGCUUGUUGGGCUAAUAGGAACUAUUUGGAACAAUCCGAAGGUCAAGUUCCUAUUUCGGGUAAUUCAGAAAAUGGAGGAUCCAGCCCCAGCCACUUUCCUCCAGAUGUUGUAUUCUAUGCGCAUGGUAGGCCUAUUGAAGCUCACAGAGUAAUCUUGACUGCACGUUCGCCUUUCUUCAAAAAGAAAUUUCAGACUGAGUGGAAGGAUAGAAAGGAAAUACGGUUCUCAAGGGAAAAACUGUCUUAUCAUGCUCUUUAUAGCCUCAUCCAUUUCUUUUAUUCCGACAGACUUGAUAUAGCAGUAGAUGACAUGGAAGAUCUUGUCAGAAUUUGCAAAGUUUGCAAAUGCCAUUCACUACAGAAAGUCCUCGAGAAAGAAUUGAUUCAUCAAAAAUAUGCCGAGUACAAGGCACUAAGGGACGUGGAUAACUCCCAAAAGCGGUUCAUCUUGCAGGGAAUCUCUCUCCCAGAAGAGGACCGUCUUCCCAAUGCUUUGCAUAAAUCCCUUCAAAUUUCUCUUGUGAAUUCCAACAGAGAGCAGAACUUGAGCCUUGAUGUUGAUGGUCUUGUAUGCCUUGUCAGUUCAAUGCAGAUUAGUGAGUAUGAAGAUGAUCUGGCAGAUGUUUGUGUCAGAGUUGAUAAGAAGAUUUUUCGUUGCCAUCAAGUUGUCUUAGCAUCAAGGUCUGAAUAUUUUAAAGCGAGGUUGUCGCGCAUGAAGGAUUUUCUGGAAGGAAGAGAUCGUUUACCUGAUAAUGCACUUCCAUGCAUUGAGGAACAUGAUUUGACCGUUGGAGCUUUUGAGAAANUCCUGUGCUUGUUUCAGUUGUUUCAUCUUCAACCACUUGCUAACAAAAUCAUAUUUUUGUUGACCAGGUAUACUGAUGGAUUAAAGGACAUUGACCCUGAUCAAGCUGAAGAGAUGUUUGAUGCUGCUUCGAGGUACCUGUUGUUUCCACUUAAACGUGUCGUAGCAGAUGCGCUGCUGCCACAUUUGGAAAUGGUUCCUCCUGUUGAGUUGUGCCAUUGGCUGGUAUUAUCAGACAUGUAUGGUGUUUUUAAGAUUCGGGAGUAUUGUCUAGACGCAAUGGCAUGUAACUUUGAGACAUUUGCGGAUACUCAAGAGUUUAGGGCAAUGCUUUUGACCCUCCCACCACCAUCUGGGGAUUCAUCACUUCGUACAACUGCCCCGAGUGCUCCAGGAGCUGAGAUGAACACAGCUGAAGGAAACCUUUUAGAUGAUUUGCGAGAGAAAUGGCUAGAAGCUGAAGCCGCUGAACUUGAUGAGAGAGAUGAGAGUGCAUUACUUUUUGACAAGCGCCUUGAGAUGCUGAUGCAUAUUGCAGAACAAGAAAAAGCUGAUGAACUUGAAUGUAAUGCAAGUAGCAUCGUGCCACCUUCAGUGGUUGCACCAAAUGAACAAGAACCCAUAUGAAUUUUAUUUCUUUAUUUUUUGAAUCUUAUAAAUGUGCCGUUUGUUAAUGUACCAAAGGAGGAUUUCACAACAGGAAAUAAAAGUGAUCUUAUAUGUGAA